UCGGACCGCAAAAGGGCGGAGCGAGUUCGGUUGCACCAACACCGGUACUUAGGCGCGGACCGGCGUGUCCUUGGACUUAGAGAGCGGGACGUCCGGCUCGCGAGUGGGUAUCUCCGUGUCGCGCGCGACUAACGAGCGAUUUAAAAAUGGGUGAUGUUGAGAAGGGCAAGAAGAUUUUUGUUCAGAAGUGUGCCCAGUGCCAUACUGUGGAAAAGGGAGGCAAGCACAAGACCGGGCCAAAUCUCCAUGGUCUCUUUGGGCGAAAGACAGGUCAGGCCCCUGGAUUUUCUUACACGGAUGCCAACAAGAACAAAGGUAUCACCUGGGGAGAGGCUACCCUGAUGGAGUAUUUGGAGAAUCCCAAGAAGUACAUCCCUGGAACAAAAAUGAUCUUCGCUGGCAUUAAGAAGAGUGCAGAGCGGGCAGACUUGAUAGCUUAUCUCAAAAAAGCUACUAAUGAGUAAUAGUUGGCCACUGCCUUAUUUAUUACAAAUGUCUCAUGACUUUUUUUAUGUGUACCAUAUUUAAAUUGAUCUCAUACACCAGAAUUCAGAUCAUGAAUGGCUAAUAGAGCAUUUCUUUCGGGCAGUCCUGAUUUAAAUAAGAUUGGCUUGUGGUUAAAUGAACAGGGUCAGCUUUUUGAGCUUUGAUGAUCAUUUUGGUUCAGCAAGCACUGUCACUGUCCUCCCUUCUAACAGUAUGGUGGGACUUGAUUCCUAGUGUUCAACUUUUCACAGAGGUGGCGAGUGCCGUCUCACAACCUGUAGGAGAUUGGCUUACAUGUAGAUUUAUAUGACUGGUUGUGUUAAUAUGUUUAAAUUCUGAGGAUACCCCUUCACUGUCUCUUAGACCUGCAAGACUAGCUUGUGUUUCAGGUUGUGUUCAUUAGCUUGUUAAAAGGAAGGGCUGCAGAUAAGCUGGCAGUGAUCGUUUUAUCUCUUUGGUCCCAACUAUGCCAAUUUAAUAAAAUUCCCUGUAUCUAAACUGUUGCCUUUUACUGAAUGAAAGGCAUUUUAGUGUGGUUUCUGUAUAAUAUCAAAUAAAGAGUAUUUAACACUUUUA